AUGUCCCCGUCACUUUGCUGCCAGCCCCUGUGCUCUUCUCCACCUUUCCAGAAACACUACUUCCCUAUCGACUACACGGUCCAGGUCCAGUACGAAGAGGUGCUGAGGCCGUCCAACAUCACCCGCCUGCGCAACGGGACGGUGUCGGAGGCGGCGCUGCGGUACCUCUGGUUCCAUGUCAGCUCCCAGGCGGUGCUGCGGAUCCGUGAGGUGCUGCCGGAGAAGCACCCGUCCUGGAAGUACACCCAGGAGCUGUGCCAGCUCUUCGAUGCCCUGGGCAAGGAGUACAGCAAGUACCGGCAGGGAGCUGCUGGUGGCAGUGAGGGCUACUGGGUCAGUGGCUUCCAUGACCACCCCCUCCGGGGGGGGGGGGGGGGGGGGGGGCCCGGCCCCCCAGGGGCCCGGCUGCCCCCCUGCCUCAAGGUCAUGAGGAUGCUCUACGGAGUGCCCUGUCGGUGGGAGUCCACCUAACGCUGCAGAAGACCCCUUUGCUCGACGCCUUCUCCUUGCCCUGUGGCCCAGGACGCUGCCUCUGCUCUGCCCCUCCCAGCAGAGCCCCUUGGGGAUCCCCAAGGAAGAUGCAAAGGGGGACAAAUGCCACCCCCCUCCGGGACCAAACGUCACUCCCUCCAGGACCCUGGGACUGUGCACGGCCACGGGGU